UUAACUGAAACCCCCCAUUUCAAAAUGGCGACUUCCAGUGGACUUGUGUUUACGUUGACAUUACUUGCUACUUGUGUAUUGUCUGGGUUUUGCUGGGAUUCUGAUGACUUUGAAUUAUUUGACCUUGUGGAAGAAGUAAAUGCUAACUUUUACGAAGUGUUGGAAAUUGAUCAGUCUGCCACAACAUCAGAAGUUAGAAAGGCAUAUCGCAGAGCAUCGCUACUGUACCAUCCUGAUAAAAAUGAUGCUGAAAAUGCAGAAGAGAAGUUUAGACAGAUCGUCGCAAUAUAUGAGGUCCUCAAAGAUGCUCAGAAAAGAGAGAAGUACAAUCAAGUACUGGUGGAAGGUCUGCCAGACUGGCGCCAGCCUGUGUACUAUUACCGACGAGCCCGCAAAAUGGGCCUGUACGAACUGGCCAUGGUGCUAGCGGUCAUAAUCACCAUCGGCCAAUAUUUUGUUGCUUGGGGAAUCUACAUCGAGAGGAGACUUGUGCUGGAAGAAGUUUUGAGCACAAAAAAGAAGAAAGAAAAGAAGAAAAAAAAGCAGGUCACAUCAGAGACAGACGUUGUUGAGGAAGAAGAACUCCAGUCAAUCCCGUUUCCUCGCGUCCUUGAUCUCUGGCCAUUUCAACUCUCGGUGUUCUUAUUUUACUCAGUGUAUAAUCUUCCUGAUACCGUGAAAGAAUGGCAAGAGGAGAGGAAGAGGAGGAAAGAAGAGGCAGAGGAAGAAGAGCGAGCAAGAGCCUUGGAGCUAGAGGCUGAACCUGAAGAGGUGACACGCAAGCCCAAGAAAAGAGCACCUACAGAGCUCCCAGAAUACAGUAAUGAAAUGUACGCAUCCGUACAGUCUUCUAUGAAUCGGACUUCCAGUCAGGCUGAUGUGAAAGAGAAACCAAACUCACAGCUGAAGAAGGGUGAAUGGACUGAUGAAGAGCUAGUCUUUUUGUCAAAAGCAGUGAAUAAGUUCCCCGGAGGCACUCCUCAGCGUUGGGAAAAGAUUGCUGAUAUGGUCGGACGAAGUGUUUCAGAGGUGACUGCCAAAGUAAAAGGGACGAAGGGAAGCUACUCUGUCAAUGUCAGCUCAACAGUUCAAAGUUCAGGAUAUCAUGCUGACAGCUCUGGUUUGAUCAAGGAUGAAAUCAUUUCACAGCAAGAUAAUAGCACCAGGGAGUUUGAAGUGGACAACAAAGCAAAUCAGGAAGUAAGACGGCGCCAACAGCCAACAAAAGUUCCAAAGACAGGAGAGAGUUCAGAGAAGAGCAAAACAGUGUCAGUACCGCGAACUGCGGCUGUGCCUGACGGGGCGGAGGAUGCUGCUGCCUGGACACAGAAUCAGCAGACAAUCUUUGAGUGGGCUCUCAAGCAAUAUCCUAAAGGCACAGACAAGAGAUGGGAUCGUGUUUCGGAGCAUAUACCCGGAAAAACAAAAGAAGAUUGUGUUGCAAGAUUCAAGCUGUUGGCUGAGCUGAUCAGCAAAAAGAAGAAAAUGGUGCAGGGAGGCCAGGAGAGGUGAUACCCACUGCUGUGAUAGAACUUUACCAUAUCUCUUGUCAAAUUCAGUGUAUGUUAUUCUUAUACAGAUGCUGCUUAUGCCUUUUAUCUUUUGAGGUUUAAUCUAAAGCUUUAUGGAUGGUAAUCCUUAAGGAAAAAAGACAUGUUUAAAGCAUCAGACAGCCUGGUUUAUUAUUAAAUAAGGCCAGCUUUCUCUUUGAAAAUAAAACACAUUUUUGGAGGGGAAUAUUUUGUAUUCUAUAAUUCAAAGAUACAGUUGAACCUGUCCAAGAUGACCAUUCAUUGCCUAGGAGAAAAGUAGUCAUCUUAGAUAGUCUUCUUGGACAGUGUCAUUGUAUUUUUUUUUUUAAUACAAGGGGGGGAAGUGGAAAAUGGUCGUUUGUUCAGGUAAUUAACUUGGACGUGUGGUCAUUAUAGCAGGUUAGACUGUCUUUGAAGAAUGCACUUUGUGCAAGUGAUUCAUGAUACUCAUUAAACAAAAAAUAGGAAACAUGUAUACCUCGCAGAAAGAGGGAAUGUUCAAAUUCUGUAGGCUACUUGUUUAGUUGAGUAUAGCUGACUUGAAUGUUUUUUAAAAAUAUCUUAAAGAAAAUCAAGGGUUUGUUUUUUCCCCCUGAUUAUUUUAUACAGAAUUGUGAAUGAUUUGUAUAUACAGGGACGUUGUAGAUUAAACCUUUCAUGUUCUAGUCCUGUUCAGCUUGGAAGAGUGCUUUUUCUGUUGAAACAUUUUCUUCUUUUGAAAUGUGUAUGUGAUCAAAAUACAGCUGCUAGAUUUGAAUCCUAAGUCAGAGUUAAAGAUUUUGUUUGCUGAAUUGCCUUAUGUGAGAGACAACUAAGAAAAUUGUAUUUUUGCAAACAACAGAUAAUUGUUGAGUAUUUUAAGAUAUUCAUAAAGUUCUAUUUCCAAGAUUAUUGACUUGCGUAAACAGCUUAAAAAGAUAUAACUUCCAAUUUGAGAAAAGAUUCACACUUUUGUUGUUUAUAAAGUUCUGCAGAGCUGUUAAAAGUGUAUGGGUAUAGUGUAAAAUCUAGGUCUGACUUUAUUUUACUGCAUCAGUUGCAAUAAAUUGUUAAUGUUACUAUUAUUGUUUUUUGCCCUUUGUUGACGUUUGACUGUGUAUGUGUGUUUAGUGUGGAGAUAGUGUUUUCUCUGUAAGAAAUUUUCAAAUUAUUCUUAAUAGACAGGUAUUCCAUGAUCCCCACUCCCAUCAAUUUUUUCAACUGUUCAUGCAACAAUGUAACUUGCGGCUAUCAUCACUAUAACAAAAGUAUAAUGUGCCAUUGCUUUAUUUAUGGAAAAUCCUAGUACUUUAUUAAAAGCUGCCUUUAUACAUUGGUAAAACACUGAAAUUUGUUACUCCGCUUUUCUCGCCCAAUAAACUUUCAUUUUGUUGCUUGGUACCUUAA